AUCAAAGAGCCAAUGGUUUCCCUUAAUCUCUCUGAAACCGACCAUGGAUUUGCAAAUAGAUUGAGCAAAAACGAAGCCGUCACCUUUUUUAACAGAACUGUACAGAAGUGAUGAAAAAUGAAGUGAUUAUCAUUGUGUCAGAGCAAAAACUAUGUGCUGAUUUAGUUCUGUUGCCAGACUCUGGUUCUUCACCACCCCAAAAAUGGGAUUUCAAUCAAAAUUGCAGAGAAACAAUAGAAAAAUGAAUACUUAGGAUCUGACUUCUGAUGAGUAUUAUAAAGAAUUGUAUGGUUUUGUUAAUGGGGGAAUUUUUAAUGGAAGUGUCAACUUGGAAGAGACAAUGGAAACAGAAGAGACCAAGACCCAAAUGGAUAACCCACAGAAUUGUGGCUUUUUUGGCUUUUGGGUUCAUCCUUAAAAGAGGCUAAUGUCUAAAAAUGACCUCGACAUGGUGAUGGACACGUGUCCACCCUCCUCGAUCCUCAAAACCCUCGCGAACCUCCAUAAAUCUUGUCCUUUCUUCCUACUUACAGCUCUUUAUUCAUUUCCUUCGCCUCCAUUUUCGCUCUCAGACUUACACUCUGUUUUCUGGGUUUUCUCCUUUCCAAUUAAGGAGUUUUUCUGUAUUUGGGUUUGUGUUAUUUUGUUGCUGAAAUCACCUGAUUUCAUUUUUUCCCCUUCCCUUUGCCGCGUUGGGUUGUGACUUCUGAGAAGGAACCCCACGAUCGUAUUGGAUUUCGUGGUGAGAUGAGUCCAAUCUCAGAAUCUAUUACAAGAGGAAAGCAUUAUUACUCCAUUUAUUGCCGUUAUUGUGUCUUGUAGUUCAGCUUCUGAUCUCCCCUUUUCGUUUCUAUGACCCUUUUCAUUUGGGUCUUUUCUGGAUUUCAUUUUUGAAGUGUUUUUGUUUUUGUUUUUAUGAGUUAGUUCUGUUAGACGAGAUAAGAACUGUGAUUUCAUAGUUUGGAGAAGGAAGACGGGUAUCUGGUUUCUGGGGUCGUUUGUGAUUAGUGUUAGAACUGGCUAAGAUGAGCCUGGAUGCAGCUGAGGAUGAAUCAACCUCUGAAAUUCAUAUUCCAGCAGAGAUUGAUUGGGAUAUGUUAGACAAAUCCAAAUUCUUUUUUCUGGGGGCUGCUUUAUUUUCAGGUGUAUCAACAGCACUUUAUCCUAUUGUUGUUUUGAAAACUCGACUCCAGGUUUCAGCUACCAAGGUAUCAUGCUUUAAAAUGUCAUAUUCUAUCAUGCGUCAUGAAGGCUUAAGAGGAUUCUACAGAGGGUUUGGAACCUCUUUAAUGGGAACUAUCCCAGCUCGAGCCUUUUACAUGGCAGCUCUUGAAGUGACCAAGAGUGGUGUUGGAAGUGCAACGAUUAAGCUAGGCUUUUCAGACACCACAGCCAUGGCUAUAGCCAAUGCAGCUGCAGGGUUGAGCUCGGCCAUGGCUGCUCAAUUGGUCUGGACUCCAAUAGAUGUUGUAAGCCAAAGACUAAUGGUUCAGGGCUGCAAUAUCAAUGCUAAAACCAGUGUUUCUAAUCUUAAUUCUUGCGUCUAUAAAAAUGGUAUUGACGCGUUUAGAAAGAUCAUUUAUGCUGAUGGUUUGCGAGGAUUAUAUAGGGGAUUUGGGAUUUCAAUAUUGACAUAUGCUCCAUCAAAUGCAGUUUGGUGGACUUCUUACUCUGUAGCUCACAGACUCAUUUGGAGUGGUCUAGGCUACUACACAAGUAAGAAGGAUGAGAGUUGUAUUAGUGGUGGCUAUGGCUUUAAAGCAGAUUCUAAGGCAACAGUGGCAGUUCAGGGGUUGAGUGCAGCCUUGGCCAGUGGAGUUUCUGCAAUCAUAACAAUGCCACUGGAUACCAUCAAGACUAGAUUGCAAGUUUUGGAUGGAGAAGAAAAUGGCCAAAGACGCCCUCUAACAGCAUUGCAGACGGUAAGGAACUUGGUGAAGGAAGGCGGGCUGAAUGCUUGUUACAGAGGGCUUGGACCGAGGUGGGCUUCGAUGGCCAUGUCGGCGACCACCAUGAUCACAACCUAUGAGUUUCUCAAACGGCUGUCUACUAAGAACCAAGAUUGUUCGAGCAGAUGAUGAUAGAUAUACAAAGGAAACAUUGCAAGUUACAUGAUUGCCAUUUUCUGACCAUAUACAAUAAUGGUUUGGAUAUUUUCCUCGAGGCAGAUAAUGGGAGAACAAAACAAACAAAUAAGGUCUGUGCUUUAAUGAUUCAGUCUGCUCAGUGAGAGAUAAUGAAGUGUUUGAAUUGAAUCCUCUGUCUGUUUUCCUUGUAUGAUAGCAAGCAACAGAGGAGUAUCCUAUAAGUAACUAACGGCCACCGGUUUCAUCCAGUUCAGAAAUGUUAGGAUCCUUCAGUUGUAAAGUUGUGCUAACUUUUGUUUUCAAGGAUACCAUUACUAAGAAGUGGAUGUAACAACAAUCAGGAAAUAACUUUAAAAGGUAGUGUUGGAGGGAGGCCUACACAGCUCUCAACAGAAACAAGAGUGCUUCUUAUCUCGGCUUGGUCGCAGCAGUGAAUUAGCCCAGUAGAGCUUACGUUUGAUGGGAUUACGCUCUUUCCUUCUAAUCGGGAAAUCAACAGGAGAUAGUUGGUUGCCUUUGCCUCUUCCAAGAGCCUGCCAAGUCCACAACGGUCAGCCGCAGAACCUUUUGUCACCGAACUGACACAGAUGAAACCCUGCAUCAAAACACCAUCAGGCAUCAGGUCUCUAUGUUUUUUCUUGAAGAAUAUUUUGAUUUCUUCAACAAUACAAGUUUUCUUUUCUCAAAUUUAAUGCUUUGGAUUGAAAAAGUUAAUUAGGCCUUGUCUUUUAGUAAUUUCUAUAGUUCCUAUUUCUUGUUACUCAUUUGCCGUUCUCAAUAAGAUGUAUUUUUUCACCGUUUCUGUAUUAUUACUCUUUUUAGUUUCUUGUUUCUUCAUAUAACUGAACUAUGAAACAAAGAAUGUGAAACAGAAAAAAAAAACUUACAAAUUGGGUAUGUAAUUACCUCUUCGGUUCUUUGGAUAUCCAUUCCGAAACGAACUUCCCCCGGUUCAGGAAUCAUUUCAAGUGCAACUUCUGAUACUCCAGGCAGAAACCAUAGCCUUAUUCCAUGCACAACUCGCAGGUUUGGAGUGUUGUUUUGUUGCUUGCUCCACCAUGAUUCUUUUCCUGUGUUCCUAUUUCUCUUCUUCGUAUGAAGAAAAUUUUAAACCAAACUAACAAAGUGAGAAUCAACAUCGGAUUUGCAGAUGGGAUGUUAAGGAGUGACCUGAAUUAAGGUCUACAAUCAAGCCGAUAUGCAUAUUACCUGAGUUACAUUAACUAUCUGUUCUGUUUGAAUAUUGACAAACACCAGAGGUGCUCCUGAAGAAACUGCAGCACAAAACCAGGCCAUACACCGGCUAGUCGUGGCCUCCAUGGAGUGCUCACCUUUCAAUGGCAUAAACAGGAUGGAGCUUAUGACUGAAGAACGAUGGUCAGGAAGAUGUAGGUCGAGUUUCUUGCUCCAUUCAUAUUUCACACCUCUUCUGUUAAAUUCUUUGCCAUCCAGUUCAGAGCACUGGUCCAAGGUGAGAUCGCCGAGUAUCGCGACAUGGCGAUCAUCAGUUGCCGCUCGAAUGGUAAAUUUUCUUUG